CAUGAGGGAGGAGGACCUACGGUGGCCGUGCGCGGCCAGCCCUCCCUGUUGUUGAGGGGCUGCUGUAGUAAUGGAGGGGGUCACAGUCGGCCAGGUAUUUGAUGCGGAAUGCAUCCUCAGCAAACGGCCGAGAAAGGGCAAGUUUGAGUAUCUGGUCAAGUGGAGAGGGUGGUCGUCCAAACACAACAGCUGGGAGCCCGAGGAGAACAUUCUGGACCCGAGGCUGCUGGCAGCGUUUCAUAAGAGAGAACAGGAGAGAGAGCUUCUGUUCCAGAAGAAAGGCAAGAGACCACGAGGACGACCACGGAAGAUCCUGCCUCCUGCUCCAGCUGCUGUGAAGGACAGUCGCUCCUCCUCGUCCUCCUCUGGCCUGUCCUCCUCUUCCUCUUCUUCCUCAGAGGAGGAAGAGGACGAGGAGGAGGAGGAGGAGGAGGUGAAGAAGGUGAAGCCGGGUCCUCGUGUCGCCCCCGUCCCUCAGAAGAGGCCUCAGAUCGUGAUGUCCAAACCGGAUCCUCCACGAAAGAAGAAGCGUGGGAGAAAGCCGCUCCACCCAGACCUGAGGGCGUUAAGACAGGCAAAGAGCAGACCUUCUCCUCCUCCACCUCCUCCUCCUCCUCCUCCUCCCCCCCCACGUCACCACCAGGUGCUCAGACUGCCACGGGACGAGCCUCGACCCGGGGUGAAGAAACCUCUGCAGCCGGCCAGCUUCACCUACACCGGACUGAGCCGGACCUCCAGAGACGAGGCCGCCUCCGCCUCCCAGACCUCCGCCAGCUCCUUCUCCCAAACAGCUGCCUCGAAGUCCGGAUCGCUCGGCUGCAUCUGGAGCAGUCGUUCCAUGUCUCCGUCCACCGGCGCCUCCUCCUACAAGUCCAGCCCGUCCCCACAGAGUAAGAACUCUCUGUCUGAGCUGAAGCGCUCCGUCUCUGAUGGCGGUGCCGGGUUCAAGGUGUCUUCUCUGAAACAGGGUGGAGGUUCGGGCUCACUGGGUCUGCACGGCAGCUUUGGGGGAGGUCAGACUGUCCAACGCUCCCCGCUGAGUCAGAGGAGGCAGGAGGGCGGUGGGCCGGUCCAACACAAGCAGCAGAACUCCAGCCUCUCCAAACCGUCGUCCUCUCCGACGCCUCGGGACCGAGCCAGCCAGGCACUCAGCCUCCGGGUGCUCAACCUGCAGAGCGUCAACACGAGCAGUGCCGGCAACAACACGAGCGGCGCUGGAGCUGCGGCGUCCAGGUCGAGCUUGAGGAGCGGUGGCAUGGUUGUAAAAGGAGGACCGGGAAGUCGAACCUCAGCUGGGGGGCAGCGCUCGGGUCCGGCAGCAGGUGGUGGCACCGACCAGGCAAGGUUAAGAGAGGACCGGGCCGAUGCCAAGAAGCUGACAGGAAGUGGCUCCGGCCGAGGAAAUGGUGGCGGGAGGCACGAGGAGAGGAAGCACGGGCUCAGCUCUCAGAACCGGAGUCUGAACGAGCUCAGCACCGGCGACUCCGACGAGACCAGCAGCAGCGAAUCGGAACACGAUGCCGUCCUGUACCCAAACAACAGCCGGCCCAGCCUCGGUAACGACGCCACAGAGUCGGACACGGAGACGGACUGGCGGCCGGCCCGGAGCCUCCUGGAGCACGUGUUCGUCACCGACGUUACGGCCAACUUCAUCACAGUGACCGUAAAGGAGUCGCCGACCAGCGUGGGCUUCUUCAACUCACGCAAUCACUGAAGGACGUCGUGACGAGGCCUUGGCCUCAGCCGAGCCGAGCCGGACCAACGCUUCCUACGAGUUCUCAGGGUUCCUCCGCCGCGUCCUCGGCUCCUCGAAUGCACAAACAGACGAUCCAGCUUCUGUCGACCCAUGACGUCACGUGAAACACGAAGGAACCCUGAUGUUUGACCCGUUCACACCUCAAGUCAAAUGUGAACGUUCGGUUUUGUUUUUUAUCCAUCAUCCUCGGCACAGAUGCCAAAACUCCACCGGGCACGUUUGUUCAGAUUCCACCAGGACGUUCGUCCCUCCAGAACUUUGUUAACCGUCAUUUUUCUGGUUCAUGUGCUUCUAAAUGUGUAAAUAUGCGACGUGGUAAAACUGUUAUUAUGAUCUUCAGUUUGCACAUUUUAUUUUGAAAAUUCUCUAUGCUGUAGACACGGUUGCGAUCACCUCCAGUGUUGGUGGGUCACAUACGUGCCCAGUGCAACGUGCCCGUGAAGAUCACGCCGCAACUGCUCAGACUGAUCCUACAGACUCAAAGUCAACUUACUCGCUUUUUAUAGCACGGAGCUUCAUCAGCAGGUCCAGUUUGAAGAAGACCAUGAGCCCUUUAAAAAGAAAGUAAGAGGACUUUGAGUCCAGCACGACGAGCUGCUGCUGCUUCUUCAUCCACAGACUCGUGUUCAAAAUGUCUGCCGGACCUUGUGGUGAAGCGAUCAGAGACUGCAGAUGGACGUACCUCCAUCUUAACUCCACCUCUCCAGUGCCUCAGGUUCUUCCAGAGACGAUCAAGCCCACUGCCACGUCACAUUUUAUCCAAACUAAAUGUGACGCUUCAUCGAGGGCAGCAUGUUUUAAAAUAUCCUAAAAAAAAAGAAAGAAAAAGAAGUGAAGUCCGUCUGUAAUCGGUACGUCUUCGUCCUCGGAUCGUCUUCGUCCUCGGAUCGUCUUCGUCCUCGGAUCGUUUUCGUCCUCGGAUCGCCUUCGUUCUCGGAGGAUCGUCUUUGUCCUCGGAUCGUAUUUUUUUUUGUAAUCAUCUUUCAGUUCUCUUCGGACCAAAGCUGUUGAAUGUGAACGAUGGUUUUUAAGUUUUAUUAUUGACAGUAUUGGUUGCACUACGCACAGUAUAAAUGUAAACAUCUGAUUCCUCCUCAUCAUCUCAGAGACGCUCCAUCUUUUCUACCAUUUGAAUACCCCUGCCGUCACGUGAAAUGUUAAUUUAUAUUUGUAAAUAUGUUUUUUUCCAUGUAAUAUCUAUCUGGUGCUCAUAUUGGCUUACUAGCUUCAGAUUCUUGUAGCCUGUGUGCCUCUCUGCCAUUUUGAAGGUCUUUGAAUAAACCAUAAGAACCUA